UAAAGUGGCCAAAUAUAUUUUCUUACAUUUAUUCUGAAUGGUUGCGUUCCGACAUCGCUCCGGAUACCAUCUUUUUUUUCUGUGGCUAACCACGAACGACGUUUCCAACCAGCGACAUUAUCGUCGGCUGGUGUACUUGACCAAAAAGAACCAAUAAAAAGCCGUAAAAAUGUUGGGACGUAUCGCGCCUGGUGUCGCCCAGGUGACGGCGGUGGUCAGUCACCAGCAGAACAGGAAUAUGGCCACUCUGAAGGCCAUUUCCAUCCGCCUGAAGUCCGUAAAGAACAUUCAGAAGAUCACCCAAUCCAUGAAGAUGGUGUCCGCUGCCAAGUACACCCGUGCCGAGCGUGACUUGAAGGCCGCCCGCCCCUACGGAGAGGGUGCUGUCCAGUUCUAUGAGAGAGCUGAGGUUCAGGCACCUGAGGAUGAGCCCAAGCAGCUCUACAUUGCCAUGACCUCUGACAGAGGUCUGUGUGGCGCCGUCCACACCGGCGUCUCCAAGGUGAUCCGUCUGCGCCUGGCCGAGCCUGGCGCGGAGAACAUCAAGGUCAUCUGCGUCGGCGACAAGUCGCGCGCGAUCCUGUCCCGUCUGUACGGCAAGCACAUCAUCUCUGUGGCCAACGAGAUCGGCCGCCUGCCCCCCACCUUCCUGGACGCAGCCCAGCUUGCAUCCGGCAUCCUGACAUCCGGCUACGAGUUCGGAUCCGGCAAGAUCAUCUACAACAAGUUCCGCUCCGUGGUGUCCUACGCGCAGGCUGACCUGCCCCUGUUCAGCAGGAAGGCUGUUGAGGCGGCCCCAAAGCUGGCUGUGUACGACUCUCUGGACUCCGAAGUGCUGCAGUCCUACAUGGAAUUCUCGCUCGCUUCCAUGCUCUUCUACGCUCUCAAGGAGGGCGCGUGCUCGGAGCAGUCGUCGCGCAUGACGGCCAUGGACAACGCGUCGAAGAACGCGGGCGAGAUGAUCGACAAGCUCACGCUCACCUUCAACCGCACGCGCCAGGCCGUCAUCACGCGCGAGCUCAUCGAGAUCAUCUCCGGCGCCGCCGCCUUGGAGUAAACGAGACGCGACGACAACGGAUUCAAGGGAGAAUUGAAAAAAAAAAGUUUUCGUGUUCUGGAUACUAGGAUUUUUGCCAAUAUUAGUUCCAAUUCUAUCGUUUUGGUCCAAAAUUGUUACUAAUUUCAUUUUGUAUCCUGGAUACUAGUGUUUUUACCCAUUUUUACGAUCAAUUUGUUGGUUUGGUACAAAAUGGAUACUAAUUUGAUUUUGUCUUGGAUACUAGUAUUUUUAAAAAUUUUUGUUCGAAUCCGGUCGUUUUGGUAAUAAAUUGGUAUUCAUUUUAGUAUCCUGGGCAUAAGAACAGAUAAAAAUCUUUCUGACAGUGGAUAAAUUUGGAUUGCUAAAAAAAAUAUGUCAGUCCUGAGGAAAAAUUCUGCUGUCUUUAAAUAGAAAAGAUGGGGAAUGAAAUUCGUCUACUGUCCUUUGAGAGAUGAUUUGACAGAAAUUACAAUGGUUUUUUGCCAAGCGGGUAUAAUCAUCUAGAAUGAAAGAGUAGGGCCAGAAAAGUUUGGAAUUCGUUGUCAAAGUAAAAAUCAUAUUAUUUAUAUUAUACUGCCGUUUAAAAAAUGUAAUCAAUAGAAAAAUGUACCAUAUUACUGACAUUGUCGGAUGGUGUUCACAUUUAUUUAUGAAAAACACGCAUUUACAUACUUCACUGGCUUUAAGACCUUUUUGUGAAUAUUUUUGGACACUAUUAGAUGAGGUUAUACGUCGAUCGUGGUUGGAUCUACAGUGAAGUGGUGGUUUAAAAUAAAGUAUCGUUUAGAUUUA